AUGCUGACAGGCAUUGAGCGCCGUGCGACACGAGGCGCAAAGGGAGACCCUUGGGAUCCACCACAAGAGAACAUUGUCGACGUUGACAUCACACAAUUCACGCAUCUCCCUCCAUCUCCACGGAGAAGUGGUGAUACAGCUGGAAAAUAUGUCUGGGCCAAGCGAAUUUCCGGGUUUGCGCAGGAGUGGUUCCUCUGCAUCAGUGCGGAUGAGUGGAUGGAGGGUGUUUUGCGAUGCAAGGGAUAG